AGGAAAUCACAUGGAGGUGCUGUCGUCCUCACAUGACAAUCUGAACUAUGGAAGGAGACAUCAAUGAAGGAUCGGUUCCUCCCUACUACAGAGAGGUUUAUGAAGCAAUAUGCAACAAAAAAGAUGAACGGGUGCAGAUAGCGGUGUUUCAAAGGUUGCUCAGCAGUACAGAUCUUCCAAACACUGUGCAAAGUCAGAUUGCUGAGUACGUGGAUCACAAGGAUGGGUUCCUCUCCAAGUUGUCCCUCUAUAAAGCCCUGGCUCUGAUUGCACUUGCUCAGCAGGGGAAACAGCCGAGUCCCAAGCUUCUAGAGAACUACAUACAAGAGUUCCCCAAACCCCAGCUAGGAGAACUCAAGGACCUUCAGGCCCUGAGGAUGCAGCCAGCUCAGGAGAGCCCCCUGGUGGUGAGGCAGACCCUGGCACAGCUGCUGGAACGGGAUGCUGUGCAGGUGGAGCUCAUCCCCGAGAAGAAGGGGCUCUUCCUGAAGCAUGUGGAGUACCAGAUCACUAGUCAGCGCUUCAAAAUAUCUGUCUAUCGCAGAUACAGUGACUUCGAUGUUUUCCACGAACUUAUGCUGCAGCGGUUUGCCUACAGAAUGGUGCCAGCUCUCCCACCUAAAAGGAUGCUGAAAGGAGUCCUAACUUCCACCUCAGAGCGAGAGUUCAUUGAGGGGCGGCGACGGGCCCUGCGCAGGUUCAUCAACCUGGUGGCGCGGCACCCCUUCUUCUCCGAAGAUGAGCUGGUGAAGACCUUCCUAACCUUCAGCGGCUCGGAUGUUCAAAACAAACUGCGGGAGGCAUUCAAGAGAGCAGGAGAUGAGUUUAUGACAUGUAAAAUUGCCACACAAGCCAAGGAGUACCUCCCGGCAGAUAUCCAGGCCCAGUUUGCCUCCAGCAGGGAGCUUAUCCGGAACAUUCUCAACAGCUUCCACAAGCUGCGGGACAGGGCAGAGAAGAUGGCUGAACGUUCCAAGGAGAAUGCCAUGGACCUGCUAAUGUUUGGAAGGGAGCUGAGUGCGGUGGGUUCAGACACAUCUCCAGUCCCUGCUCUGGCCUUGGCCAACAGCUCGUGGGGUACUCUGCGGCAGUCCCUGAAGGGGCUGUCCGUGGAGUUCGCCCUGCUGGCCGAUAAGGCAGCUCAACAGGGGAGAAGAGAAGAGGAUGACGUUGUGGAAAAGCUGAAUCUUUUCUUGGAUAUGCUGCAGUCAUACAAAGACCUGUGCGAGCGGCAUGAGAAGGGUGUCCUGCACGAGCACCAGCGCGCGCUGCAGAAGUACAGCGUGAUGAAGAGGCAGAUGAUGAGCGCCACCGUGCAGCCCAAGGAGCAGGUGUCUGUGGAGCAGCUGGAGUCCCGCAUUGUGCAGCAGGAGAACGCCAUCCUGACGAUGGAGCUACGAAACUACUUCUCCCUGUUCUGCCUUCACCAGGAGACCCAGCUCAUCUUCACCUACUUGCCAAUAACCUCUCACAUACUCGGUGCUCUUGUCAACUCCCAGAUUCAAGGACACAGAGAGAUGGGUGAGGUGUGGAACGAUCUCCACCCGAAGUUGAGUUGUCUUUUUGGGGGUAACAACGGCAUCCCCUCUCCGCUUCUCUCACCCCAGAAGGGGGAUGGGAAGACAGCUGUUGCCUUUUCCCCUAGUUAAGCAGGUAAAGGUGAGAGAUGCCACAUGCGCUUGGCUUCGAGGCCUCCCUAAGCGGGCUCGUCAAACACUCCCAUCUUCAAACCUAAAGUGGCUCAGAGGGAAAUCACUACACCAAUGUGCGUUACGUUUUGAAUUUAAAUUGCAGUGAAAUUGCAGGGAAUUAAAUUUGCAAUCUACUGCAGGAAGGACUGAUGCUGUUUACUUGAGAAAAUAAGGAGUAUCCUAUGACCAGUGUUGGGAGUUUUAUAUGGGCCAGUUGUAGGAGUAACAUGCAUGGAGAGGUGGAUGGGAGCUAUGUGGGACAACUGUGCUUGUUAUAAUUACCCUCUUGGAGAGCACACACGGAUCUAUUCCACAAAGCCUGUCUCAUUAGUGUUCAAAAAUGGACAAAAUAUAUGGUUUUGCAAUCCACCAAGCUAUCUCUGCAUGCUUCUUUUAGAAACAACAACAAAAAGGGAAAGAAACAUGUACAUUUGUGUCCACAUUGGAAUCCUUUAGACAGUUGC